GAUAUGUGCCCAAGGUUCCUACCACACCGUUAAAGACCAGGUAGUGAGCCUGCAAGUGCUGCCCCCGGAGGAGGCAGACCCAGCCCUUUUCUUACUUUUUCCAGUUCGCGCUUUGCGUAUUUAUCUGGACCGCACUCAGAGUUUUAGAUCAUCUGACAAUCAUCAACAAUCCAUCUCUGUUCCAGGACUGUGAGAGUUUUAUGGAUGCGCUGUAUGGAAUACAGAGUGGCAUGUCCAAAAAAGUGAGCAUGAAGGUCACAGCAAAAAAAUCAGAGUUUGGUUGUGGCAAAGAAGUUUUGCCAAAGGACUGCCUUGUUGUUUUGGAGGCUGCAUUCAAAUAUUUCCAGGCCAUGAUAUGCAAAAUGCAGGGUCCAGGAGCCAUCACAGGGGACUGUUUGACUAAAAAUGAAUGGCUGCUCGUCCUGUACUACCUGGAGGCUGUUAUCAUGCUGAAGCUAGUCCAGCGGCCUGGAGUAGUGACACACAUGACUGUUGAGGAUUGGGAGGGGAGAAGCCGGAUAGAGAAUGGUGUCUGUGUUGCAGUGAAGGAGCACAAAGUACCGUUGUCACACGAACAGGAACUUUGGUUCGACUUGUACUUCAAUGAGGUGCGGCCAGUAAUGCUGCAAGAAAACCGCACUGGUGACGAUGUGGCAGCUGAUUCAUUUUUUGUGUCAAGUAGUGGGAGAUCCAUUUAUGAUCCUUCCAAUGACUUAAAAAGACUACAUGACAAAUAUAGUCUCCCCAGUGUGACGUGUGGUGAUGCCCAGAGAGCAUUUGAGGCAGCAGCACAAAACCUGUCAGAAGUGAAGAGAAAUGUGGUGGUAGCUGAAAGGAACUACAUGAGGAGAACAUCUUCAGAUCCGUUUCUGGCUCUUAGUGUGCUAGAUCAGCUCGCUGGGGAAAAAAACCAGCCAUCAGAGUCCAAAAUAAACCGCUGGAUGGACAAACAAGGGUGGACUUCAAACGUCCCACAGGCUGCAGUGGUUCUGAAGCAGUGGAAGCCCGUUGCCAGGUUGCACUUGGUCAUCGUCAGCAGCUUUGUGCAUAAAAUGAUUUUGUCUCAACGCUGGAAAGGACUGACUGUCAGGCCCGUCCCUGACAAGAGCAAUGGUGUUUUCUACAAAAGACCCUUUCAGAUCGGGGAGGUUGUCUGUGAAUACCACGGCCAGCUGUUUAGCCAUGGCAAUUACUUCGACAAGUGGCAUCAGAGCUGGCCAUUUGUUUUUUUUUAUAAGAACAAGCAACAUGAAGCCAUGUGCAUUGACACACAUGAAGAAAGCUGCCAGUGCCAUCCCAUGAAGUUCAAUUAUGGACCCCUGAUCCGUCACUCCAGCAAAAGAGCCAAUUUCCGGCCCAGGCUGUAUGUCCUUAAUGAUAGAGACAUCAUUCUCUUCAUUGCUACAAAAGACAUUAUGAGUGAUGAGUUAUUUUAUGAUUAUGGCUCAAAGAGGAGAUAUUUUGCUGGGAAAGGACUGGAAUUGGACUGGAUGUGAAACAACAUCUUUCCAUCCCCCAUACUCACUCACUUCUAACAUGUCCAACUCCCAAGUUUCCACCUGUGGCCAUGUUCUCUCCUCUCUCUCUGGACUCUGGACAACCAUCACUGCUCUUCUCACCCUGAAGUACUCUUUCUGCACUGCCAAGCACCAACACUGCUCUCCAAAUAGAGACUUGGUUGUAAUAGGCUGAAUGAGUAGGUCUUACAAACCAUUCACCUUUACUUCAAGAGAAUUGUAUUUUCUCUUACUGACUUUUUUUGCACUCUUUUUUUUCUUAUAAGUUUUCUUUAUGCAAUAGUGAGAGUGUGAGUAGGCUACUCCAUAUUCUCUCCUCUCUCUCUGGAUUCUGUACAACAUGUGGAAUUACAGCCUGGUAAGUAUGCUUAAACUACUCUUAACCCUCCCUUCCAUCCAUCUUCAAGUUUCAACCACAUUAUUGUGCAUUUUCUGGUUGUCGUCUUCUUUUUGUUUCAGAUUACCGAGGCUUUUAAGGUCAGCAGCCAUGGACCUCAAUCCUGAGAAUGAACCAGGACUGUUAAUUCUUCAAAGCAAGCUAUAGUAUAUCAUCCUAGGAUUCACUGCUAUUUUUCAUUUAAGACAUCACCUAUGUUGUCUUUAUGUUGUUUGAUUAAUGUUCAGAUUUUGUUCAUUUGUUUGCACUUGUAUGUACUGGAAGUAAUUUAGUUUCUUUAGUGUAGUUAUUUGAUAUUACUAUUAUAUGUAGAUGACCUUUAAAUUGUUCAAUCACGGACACUUCUACCUCCAUCCAGUAGAGGGUGCUGUUGUCUUAAAACAGGCCGUAGUGUACAUAUUAAAGAAGUUUUUGGUGAAGGUUUAGCGCUAGAAAAGGAAAGGACUUUGGAGUGCUCUCUGUUAAAACUAUCGUAAAGGCAGUCAAAAAGGUUUUUCUCACAUUUAGCUCCUGGCCGAUGAAGGGCACAAGGUAGUUUAUAUGUUAAUCAGUGAAAUUUAAAAAGACUGUUUAUCUUGAAAGUUUAUAGUUUGUUGCCAUUGUUAGUGUUAUGCAAUUCAAAUUAUUUAGACUUAUCACAAUACAGGUAAAUACAUUUAUAUUUUAUGCCUGUACAGUUAAUUUGAGACUGUAAAUGUGUAUUUAUCAGUUUAUUGGCUAGUUAUGAGCAUUUGUUUAAUGCAAUUUCAAGGAUAUGUGUAAUGAAUAUUAUUUGUUUCUUUUAUUCAGCUCUUACGAUUAUUUAUUUUGAAGAUUAAAAACUAUAUAAACAUCAGUCCAUGAGAGUAAAGUGCAUCUGUUCAGCUGGGAAUGCUACAUAUACAGUCUUCUACUGUGCCGUUAUUUCACAUACUUCUUAAAAAGUUGCAGAAAUGACCCAGAGUCACAAAGUUCUGUUUCAGUGGAUUCAUAUUAUGCUUUUUAAACAAAUUUUUAUUAAAUAAAAGUAAUAAAAUAACUAAGA